AUGGAGCGCCAGAAUCUAACAAGCAUCUCUGAUUUCCACCUCCUGUGCUUUUCUAAGGAUCCAGAAGUUCAGCCCUUCCUCUUUGGGCUGUUUUUGUCUAUGUACCUGGUCGCUGUCGCUGGGAAUCUGCUCAUCAUCCUGGUCAUCUGCUCUGACCCUCGCCUCCACACUCCGAUGUACUUCUUCCUCUCCAAUCUGUCCAUGGCUGAUAUCUGCUCCGUCUCCACCACAGUCCCAAAGAUGCUGGUGAAUAUUCAGACACGGAGCAGAUCCAUCACCUCUGUGGGCUGCCUGAUGCAGGUGUUCUUUUUUUAUCUCUUUGCCUGUCUGGACAGUAUGUUCCUCACUGUGAUGGCUUAUGACAGGUUUGUAGCCAUCUGCCGGCCCUUGCACUACACAGUGGUCAUGAACUCCCGCUUCUGUGGCUUGCUGGCUGUCAUCUCUUUUGUCAUGAGCCUUUUGGACUCCCAGUUGCACAUUUCAAUAGUGUCACAACUGAACUUCUGCACAGAUGUGGAAAUCCCUAGUUUUUUCUGUGACCCUCCACAGCUCCUUAGUCUUUCCUGUUCUGACACCUCCACCAUUACUAUAGUAAUGUAUUGUGUCAGUGCCAUCUAUGGUGGUAUUCCAGUCUUGGGAAUCCUUUUCUCCUACACUCGAAUUAUAUCUUCUGUUCUGAGGGUCUCCUCCUUACGUGGGAGGUAUAAAGCCUUUUCAACCUGUGGCUCUCACUUGUCAGUUGUUUGCUUAUUUUAUGGAACAGGUAUCGGUGUGUACCUCAGUUCAGUUGUAGCUUCUUCCAGGAAAGGUGUAAGUGCUGUUGCCUCGGUUAUGUACACCGUGGUCACCCCUAUGUUGAACCCCUUCAUCUACAGCCUAAGAAACAAAGACAUUAAGAGGGCACUGCAUAAGCUUCUCAGCAAGAUCGUACCAUCUCCGACACACAUA